AUGGCCGUCAGUUCGCGCGGUGUUGAGCUUGCCAUCUGGAUCGCCGUCUUCACCCUUCUCACCACUCUCAUCCUUGGUCUUCGAUUCUGGGCCAUUGCCAUUACCCGGCCUUACGAACUGGGAGUUCAGUACCAGCUCAUUGUCGCCAGUAGUGUGACCUGGCUAAUGGGCACUGUCUGUUGCAAACUCUCAAUUCUAUCCCGGUAUGCCUCGCUGUUUCCUUCGCGCGGCCUUACUCGGAUGCUCUGGACAGCCGCCGCCUGCGUCGUGGCCUACUUCAAAGGAUACUGUCGUUCCCUAUACAUCCAGGAGAUCUUGUCCAUAUCAAUCAACAUGAUUAUCGACACAGGCAUCGCGCUGCUCCCCAUUCCUGCACUGUGGAAGCUCAAGAUGGCCACUCGCAACAAGCUCACCAUCACCAUCAUGUUUGGUCUUGGGUUGAUCGUAGUUGCUGUCAUGGCUUUGCGCCUUCGCAUUACCCUGGAUCCAACGACCAACCUCGACUUUGUCUACGGACUGUAUCCUGUCGCUCUCGUGAGCUUCUUGGAGCUUUGGCUCAGUAUGAUAAUUGUUUGUUUACCUGUACUAGCCCCCCUGUAUCGUCGUUACAUUGAGCCCUAUUUGUAUUGCAUUCUUGGCUCCUCGGGGAAUGCAGAAGCACCCUUGGAAGCACCGCUGCGGGAAGGUCAACACACCUUUGGGAGUGAGCCGGUGCAUCGUCGUCCCAAACACAAUGAUGCAAUGAUGCUCGAUUGCUCUUUGGACGUCGACGAGGACGGCGAGUUGCGGUCUUUGGUGACAAAGCCUCCGGCUACGUCUCGAGUUGUCGAGCAUGCAUGA